GGGGAAGUCUGACAACGGAAACAAUAUCGUUGAGGAGAUGGUCUUUGGGACCAGAAAUCGUAUAGAUUAUCACAAGACGUUCUAAUGUUAUGUAAAAAUAGUUUUGAUGUGAUUUACCAGCUGUCUCGCAUGGGCCACCGUCAGUCGAUAGUCCGGUGUUGUCCUUUGGGAGAAUCAGAAUGAGAAAAAACACAGCUGGACGGAUGUUUGUGGCAACAUGUGUGGGGUCUUUCUUCAUUCUUAUUUUGUAUCUUCAGUGCAACAUCAGACCAGCUGCAGACCCAGGUUCAAAGAGGACCAAAUUUCCAGUGAAGUCUAGGAGAACCCCACAACAGACCCUGCACAGCAGUGACCAGCUCAAUAUGUCUGUUGUCCAGACCACUCUGCAGGGCCGGCGGGAGUUGCUACAGAAGGUAUGUGAAAUUCACACCCAAAAACAACGCAUUCUCAACCUCGAGGAUCUGCAACACCUCAUUGUGGAUGAUACGCAUGGCUUGUUAUACUGCUAUGUGCCAAAGGUGGCCUGCACCAACUGGAAAAGGGUAAUGAUGGUGCUGACAGGUAAUGGAACAUACCACAGCCCUUUGGCCAUCCCUGCCAGUGAGGCGCACGUGGCAGGCAACCUCCGCUCGCUGUCCGAAUACUCCACAGCAGAUGUCAACCACCGUCUGCGCAGCUACCUGAAGUUCAUCUUUGUGCGUGAGCCCUUUGAACGGCUGGUCUCUGCCUACCGCAACAAGUUCACCAGGAGCUACAACACAGCCUUCCACAUACGCUAUGGGACAAAGAUUGUGAGGCGGCAUCGUCCUAACCCGAGGCCCGAGGCGCUGAAGCAUGGUAAUGAUGUAUCUUUUGAGGAGUUUGUUUACUACCUGGUAGAUCCAAGGACCCAGCGUGAGGAGCCUUUUAAUGAGCACUGGGAACGGGUGCACUCCCUCUGUCAUCCCUGCCUCAUUCACUACGACAUAGUGGGCAAGUAUGAGACUCUGGAACAGGACUCAAGCUACGUGCUGAGACUUGCUGGUGUUGACACAGAGGUCAGCUUCCCAACUUCAUCCAAAAGCACCAGGACUAAUGGUGAUAUGGCAGCCAAGUUUUUUAACAACAUUAGCCCCUUCUAUCAGAAAAAACUCUACAAUCUCUAUCAGAUGGACUUCUUCCUUUUCAACUAUUCCACACCAGCAUACUUGAAGUUAAAAUAAGGAAAGUUUCAAGAGGACAUAUUUAGGGUUUUUAUUUGUCUGUUUCUUGGUUUUCACAUGGUUACUUAUGCUGACAGUUAAAUUAAAUUUUUGUCCUUUGGAGGAGCUAGCUACAUGGUAAACAGUGUCCAGUACCUGUACGUUUGGGUGAAAAGCAUAUGAUAUCAGAUUACUACUGGCAGUGUUUUCACAUGAUAGUCCUAAUACCUUCAACUUGGUUUACCAUCUGCAGUCCUUCAGAUAUGUAUGUUUGUUUGUAGAAUGUUAAGUAAGUGUAGCUGGAUUCUUCCUUACCAGUCAAACAUGCAGGUUAUUUACAUACCUCCCUCUGUUGUCCCGUCCCUUCUGUCCACUCUCAUUUAUAUUUAAGAUAUUGUUGAAAUAUUUAAUGUUCAAAAGUACAUGUCUCUUGAAGCGAACUUUUGAAAGACAUUAUUGAGAAGACUUUUGCUAAUGAAAACGACUGUCAUUGAGCCACUGCAAGAACACUUUUCAGCAGGUCUC